GAGCACUGUAGUGACGUCACACUCAAACAGGAAGCGUUUUUAAGCAGCAGAUAAUUGCAGUACUCUGGAUUUUCAUCUUCAAACCUAUUUUCCCUUUCUCAAACAAUGUCUCAGGAUACCUGGUUACAAAAUUACGAUGCCACUUGUCGGCUGGCACAAGAAAUUGCUGAAAAAAUCCAGGAACGUAACAGAGAGCAAAGAACAGGGGGCAACCCAGCCAAGGUCAACAUGGCACUACGGGCAUCACUUCAAAAGCUCAAACAAAAUAUUUGCCAGCUUAAAGAUAGUGUGCUGAGGGAUUCUUCGUCGCGGCGAAUAAUGCAAUCAGAAGCGGACAGGCGGCAAAAUCUCAUUGACGACCUGCUGACUAGGGAGAAGCAGCUCAAUGCCACUUUUAAAGGCGAUAUCACAGAACCAGCUCCAUCCAGGUCCACCUUAUUGGCCGGAGGCGCAGGAGCAAGCGACGGAGUCUCCACCAACCCGUGGCUCAUUAAUGAAUCGGACGAAACCAGGGGGUUGACAUUUGGCGAGAUAAAACAACAGCAGCAACGAAUCAUCGAAGUGCAGGACGCAGGUCUCGAUGCGCUGGCAGAGGUCAUUAGCCGGCAGAAGGUCAUGGGACAGGAGAUUGGCAACGAGCUGGACGAACAGAACGAAAUCAUUGAUGACAUCACGCAUCUCGUGGAUAAGACAGACGGCCGCAUUCGCAAUGAGACACGACGGGUGCAGCUGGUGGACAAAAAGUCGGCCUCCUGCGGGAUGCUGGUGGUGAUCGUUUUGCUGCUUAUCGCGAUUGUCGUGGUCGCCGUGUGGCCCGUGUAACGAGUGCGGACGCUUGAUGGAAAGACUACCAAGCUUACAAUCUGGAUGAGGGAAUGGUAGGAGUCAAACACAGAUGAAGACAUUGUCUCCUUCAGCUUGAUCUGAUUUUAAAUCAUUCCAUUCAAGCUUUGCAUUAUUUUUCCCUACACUGUUAGACUGUAUUUACAUCGGUAAUGUUUCAAUUUGUUGGAUGGGUUUGCUAACCUGUCUUGUAAAGAAAGAUAUUUAAGUAAUGUCUAGAACUAACAAAAAAAAAAACAUCGUUUAUACUUUAUAACACCAUAUCUUCUGAAUGAUUGUAUUUUAAUGAAAGGCUUUGUUAUUUAUCUGAAUGAAUGCAUUCCAAUCUGAAAAAAAAAUACACAAAGCUCACAUUUUUCAGUGUAACAAGAGUUUAUUUGAAAAUUUGCUUUUAGUUCUACCGGCUUGGUAUAUUCAGUAGUUAUAAUUUUCUUCUUCAAUUAAUGGCAACAAUCUAAACGAUGACAACACAUGGGGGGGGGGAAAAAUACAAAUAAAAAGUUGGAAUAAAGGAAAUCCACAUUG